CUCCUCCUCCUCCUCCUCUCUACCCACUUUCCUUCUCUUUCUCCUCCUUUUUCCUCUCCUUCCUCCCUCUCCCUCCUCUUCCCUCUUCAUCAGCCCUUCCCUCUCCCCAUGGCGCGGUGCCCCGUGUCCGCUCUCUGUUUCCUCCUCGUCUCCCUCUCCUUCGCCAUCGUGCUCCUCAACCUCGGUUACGAAAGGGCGGUUCGGUUCGAGCCCAAGGGAGCCCGAGAUGGCCAGGCCUUCGGGAGGCGCCUCAGCAUGGCCAAGACCUCCUCGAAGGCGGCCAAGUGGGCCAACGAACUGGAGGAGGUGUCCUACCCGCCCGUCAACUUCUCUUCCGUCGAGGAGACCCUGAGGGCGAGGAGGAUCGAGAUCGAGGACCGAUGCCGGAGGACCCUGUCGGCGGAGGACCUCGCCCGCCCGCCCAAUAGUAAGGAGUUCCUCAUCAGUGGCCGCUACAACCUUGUGUGGUGCAACGUGUUCAAGGCCGCCUCCUCCAAUUGGCUCUACAACUUCCUCCUGAUGGCGGGCUUCACCGAGAAGGAGCUGCAAAAGUCGAGUUCCUCCCCGGUCGAACUGGCUCGGCAGGAAGCCUACGCCCGGCCCUCGCGCGACGAACUCGUGGCGGCGAUGGAGAACCCCGGAGCCACGUCCUUCAUGAUCGUCCGCGACCCCUUUGAGCGCCUCCUCUCCGCCUACAAGGACAAGAUCGAGUCCACGAAGCAGAAGUUCUACAGAACCCUCAGGUGCCAGAUCCAGCACAGGGCGACGAAGACGACCCGCGACUGCCAGCCGACCUUCCCCGAGUUCGUGGAUUACCUGCUGGAGGAGCGGGCGAAGGGCAAGGCCCCGAACGAGCACUGGGCGCCCUACCACUCCUUCUGCUCGCCGUGCCAGCUGCCCUUCGACUACGUCCUGCGCUUCGAGAGUCUGCUGGAGGAGGAGGCCUUCCUGGUGGCGAAGGUCCCUGGGCUGUCCGCGGUGGUCAAGCCCCACAAGUUGCACGCCUCACACACCGACUACAGCGCCGUCACGAGGCAGUAUUUUUCGCAGCUCUCGCCCUUGAAACUCGCUCGUCUUUACGAUAUUUAUAGAAAUGAUUUCAUAAUAUUUGGCUACAAUGCGACGCGGUAUUGGGAGUAUGUUGGUGCAGUUUUCUAGGAAGCUGUUUGUUUGGCAUGAGGUAUUGUUUAUUAAACUUUUUAAAAAGG